AUAUCAACAGUCAAACACCUUUGAUCUAGGUAACUUUUGAUGAAAGAGAGGAGGAACAAAGCAAAGAAAUCAAGAUGAGACGGAGAAAUAUCAAGGAAAAUGAAGGCCAAAAGUCGAGUAAUAUGUUACAUCGCACAUACCCAGCCUAUUAUUUCAACAACUUCGAGCCGCCGUGUCCCAACUGAUUCGUUCAUUUUCAACGUUAGAACAAAUUCAUCCCAAUCUAUUUUACUUCGCCCCCUUAUACCUUGCCCAAAUUGCCUUACCCAGCUGCACCUCUAAACAUUAAGUUGACCCGGUUUGAGUAUCGUUGCUAUUAUUAUCUUUUUUGUUCACCCAAUUCAUCUCUGUAUCAUCCUCCCACUGGCGCACCAUACCAAAAGCAAAUUCCGAAAUUUUCAUGCUAAGGUAAUCAAUCAGUCUUGUUUGAACUUUGAAGGCGCUGAGGGUCAUUCCUUGACUUUACCGGCAGCCUGUCAGAAAUUUUGACUGGCAGAUGAAGAAGUGUGCACUACGAUACUGAACCCGGGCCCCACCAGCACAGCCAGGCCGACCCUAUUCAUUCUUUUGAUUCCGUUGAUUGUGUCGUGAACAUAAUACAAAUGCCCUUCCCGUUCAAACAUAGCAAUCGUUCAAAGCAGGCAUUGAACGAACCUGCUAUAGAAAGAGCGGCGGUCACUCCUUCAGCCUCGCAUUCACAGCAAUCCUUCUCAUCUGGUUCUGGCGAGGGAAGGUCCACAACAAUACAACAACAAUCCUCCAACACCACCACCACCACCACCACACCAUCUCAAAAAAACCUCGAAUUGCCCUACGAACCGCGGAGUCCUGAAAUUGGAUCUCGUGCAUCUGCAUAUCAUAAUUCUGGCGGGUCACCUUCCCGCUCGGUCGCAGCUCAGUAUCAACUACAGCAACCUUAUCCACAGGAACUAGAAGCGUCCCCCGCUUCCCCAUCUCCCGCCGGCUCAUCCGUCGAUGAUUUAGUUCUUGAUUCUCAGAGAAUACAAAACCAGGGUCGCAGACAUACGUCGCACAUACAAUCACCUGUGGUGGAGCCUAAGAAAAGGAGUAUUUUUGAUCGUAUGCGAGGGACGAAUUCGAAUCGAUCCUCCGAACAAAAGUACCCCCCGACUACCACACAAGGAGCUUACAGCAACAACACUAGCGGACUCGCGCGCAGAUUAUCUAGACGACACGAGAGUCCCCCCGUUAUACGAACUAGUCAUCAACAAAGAAAUUCGGUAGACCCGCAUCAAAGGGCAGAUUGGCAACCUGCAGCUCAAGGUUCGAGAUCCCAUCUGUCAUCGCCUCGAGAAGCCCCCAAAGACGACGGGUUAGAUCCAUAUCUCAUUACGACAACCGAAGAAAACACACCACAAAGUGCUCAAGGUUCUGUGAAUGCGAAUGGGCAGCGACAACCUCUAAACGCAAUUCGAGCUAUACAAAGCGAUUCUGAUUCACCCCUCUAUUCGGCCGAUUCACAGAACGAUUCUCCCGCUCAGCAAUUUCAACAAUCACAUCAUCCUAUUUUUUACCACCAAUCUCCUCAAAGUCCUAGUCAAUACGAGUCACCCGAGAGUGUUCAGCAAUAUCGUUACGAAUUACCCGAUCAAAUUCAUUCACAGCAACAAUUGAAUAGUUUUCCAAGUUCCCCCAAGAGCCAGUACCCUCCGCAAGACUUCACUCCAGAUAGUGCAUUGACACCGCAAUACGAGUCUUCUUUACUAUAUCGGGAAGAUCAGCGUCCCGGCUCGGUACAAUCUAAUAAUCAAUCUCCAACAAGUAUUCACCAAUCUAACAGGGCAGAUUAUCCAGAGCGAACAACGUCAAUACAAGGGCCGAUUGUAGGCUUAUCUACAAGUCGCCCUUUGUCGCAACACCUUUCCAUGGCACCACAGUCCACCACAACACAACAAAACCGUCGAUCUGCGGACUCGAAACAAACACUACAAGCUCAAAUGGCACAGUCAGAUGGGAGGGAUCCUCCUGCAUACCGCCAGCAGCAACAAACUCCUAAUAAUAACAAUAAUCAACCACAGGCGACAAGCCCACUUCCUCCUCAAGGGCAAGGUCCGAACUAUAGAGGAGGUCCCCCACAGCGAGAUCAGUACAAUCCCUCUGGUAGUGGAGAGCAAGGGCGAAGCACACCACCACCGCAACCUGGAGACAGAGAUGUAAAUGAAGCAUACAAAGAGCUACGUAGGUUUUUGUUGCCCCAUGGUGAAUGGAUUCGUUGCUAAAUCCCCGCAAGUGCAGAAAUAUAAAAAGGUCAAGGGGCUGUAUUUUGAUAAAACAGCUUCAGUGGAGCAAUUACAAGGACAGGUCGAACAAUUACAAAAUACUUUGGCAAAUCAGCGACUAUCCCAAUCUCGAACAUCCCUUGAUGAUGGCGAAUAUACAUCACGCUUCCAAAGAUUAGAUGGUGCUAUCACAAAUCUUGCCUUUAACAUUCGUAAGGAUUGGAGAACGGUACCAGCAUGGCUCUCACAAUCCGUCAACCGUGAUGCGAUGUCCAUAGGAAAACAAGAGAUGACGGCUGUCGGCAGAGCUUGUAUCUCACGAUUUCUUGUAGAUGAAAUAUUUAAUCGCACCUUCCACCCAGGUCUAGAAAGUGAGCUUAGCCUGAGCCUGAAAACUAUCGAACAGAAUAUUCGUCUGUUCUCUCCUGCUAUUAACAACCAAGAGGAAUCCGAUGCUUUGACUGCAAAGGUCGUCCAGUGGAGAUUGACGACUUUAGAUGGGUUGAAAGACGUGCUGAACUCACCAGAAAGUGAAGAAUACAAGAAACAAUUCUCAAAAAUGGUCACAAGCAACCUGACGGCCAGUUUAAUUAACUACCUCCAAGAACCAAUACCGGGUGGUAUCGAAGAAUCCGCAACAACUAUCGUAGAACUAGCAGUAAGCAUUGCAGCGAACAUUCCUUUGGAAAGCAGAGAUGUUGUCAUUACGUACCCGAUGCCAAACGACCUAGUGCAGCGCCAAUACAUGAAAAUCGAAGGUGGUAUUCCUACAUUAGAGCAUCCAGGUGCAGAAUCUAAUGGAUUUGAUUCGAGUAGUGUGGGAAGUCAUGAUAAAGAUGAUAUUUUGAAAGAGGAUCAAAAGAGUCAUGCAAAGCUGACGAAGGAAAAGAGUGGAAAAGGCCAGGGCAUGCUACAGGCUAUGAUGGGAGGUGGUAGUGGUGGAGCCUCUGGGAAAAAGAUGAGCAUUAGUAGUCAGGGUGGUCAAGAACCAAGUGAAAAAAUCAAGAGCGAAGAUGGGGUUCACAAAGUACGGUUUGCGGGUUUCAUGACCAUUGAUAUUAGGGGAAGACAAGUACUUUUUUCGGCUCCAGUCUGGACUAUGGCAUAGAUGGCGAGAUUAUAACGAUUGGACGAUUGAAUGAUUGGAUGAAUCCGGGAGGAUAUGUAAGUAUGAUGAAGUAUUAGGGGUUGGUUUGAGUACCCCGAAUGUUGACCAAGUCUAUGAGACUAUGAGGAUAAUACCAGUAUGAUACCAUUAGGGAGUCAUAAAACUUUACAUUUUGACCAACGUUCGUUCUUUGGAUGGGCCCAUUAGAAUCUAUAGAGAAUAAGAACAUUCUCAUGGGGUUUUAAGUGCUUUUCUCGUUUACUGUACACGGUUGACAAAAUAUCACAG